AUGGACAAAACAAAUUCGAAAGUUAGAUCCCCAAGGAAGAGCUACUAUUACGUUCGUACCGCUGAAGAUGAGUACGAAAUUUGCGAAAAUAAAGUGACCAAAUUCACGCCUCACACUCACGUAGUUGGUUUUACGUUCCCUCUAACCGAGCAGGAAGAUGUUGAACGACUUGAGACCGCCGUAACUCACGACGAAGAAGUUCGAAGACAAUACGUUGGUUUUCUCACCCAUAAAAAGCCCACAAACAUGUCGAUUGUUCAAUUUCUUCCAAUGGUGUUCUCGGACGAAGCUCUGGAUGGGUACAACUUCAACGGAACGAAUACGAUCGGCAAAUGCAAACUUCCAAUGAGAGGAUAUAAUAUAUUUUCUCAUUGCUUCAUCGACCAGCCGACGAUCACCACCGUCAGAAAUCGUAAGAAAAAUCCCGCGAAAGCAACGGACGUUCCGGGUUUCACAUUUCCAUUACACCACGACGACGAGGUCGAACGAUUGGAAAAUAUUGUGUCCACAAAUUCUGCUGUUCGCGAAAAAUAUGUGAACUAUCUAAGGACUAACAAAGCAAUUGACGAGAACGUCGUGUUUGCGAUAAAAAAGCUGUUUUCUGAUCAAUCUCUCGCUAAGUUUACCUAUCAUGGUUUUGCGAACCUUCAGCACCCGCGAAAGGCCAUGAAAGAGUAUUUGAUUUUCACCGAUUGUCUAGUGGAAGCAUGGGAAGAUCACGGCGAGUCUGCUGAUAGUUUACGACAGGCUCUUAUCAAAGCUACCCAGAGAGCGAAGCAGCACCUCUCAUCGGCUCGCUACUAUCAACGCUAUCGGAACAAGUUGCUCGAGAAACGGAAAGAGCAUCAGAACAAGAAAACGGCACUUUAUCAGGUUGUCGAUGAUGAUGGGAAUGAAUAAAUAC